AUGGCUGCAACUAUGAUAGGAGGUGCUUUUCUCUCUGCAACUCUUCAAACCUUACUUGAGAAACUUGCCUCAACAGAGUUUCUUGAUUACAUCCGAAACACCAAACUAGAUGUCUCCCUCUUGAGAAAGUUACAAACAACUCUGCUCACACUCCAGGCUGUGUUGGAUGAUGCAGAAGAGAGGCAGAUCAAUAAUCUUGCUGUCAAAAAAUGGCUAGAGGACUUGAAAGAUGUUGUCUUAGAUGCUGAGGAUUUGGUCAGUGAAAUAAGUUACGACUCCCUUCGGUGCAAGAUGGAGAAGAAUAGACAAGCUGGAAGCAGAACUAAUAAGGUGUGGAACUUUCUUUCAUCUCCUUUUACAAACUUCUAUAGAGAUAUCAAUUCCCAAUUGAAGAUCAUGUGUGAAACUCUUGAACCUUUUGCACAACAUAAAGAUACCCUUGGAUUGCAAACAAAAAGUGCUAGAGUUCCUCGAAGACAGCCUUCAAGUUCAGGGGUUAAUGAAUCUGUCAUGGUCGGUAGGAAUGAUGAUAAAGAUACAAUCAUCAGGAUGCUUGUAUCAGACAGUGGCACCAGCAAAAAUAAUAACUUAGGUGUUGUUGCAAUUUUGGGUAUGGGAGGUGUCGGAAAAACGACCCUUGCACAACUUGUUUACAAUGAUGAAAAAGUUGAACAACAUUUUGAUUUCAAAGUCUGGGUUUGUGUAUCAGAGGACUUCGAUGUUGUGAGAGUAACAUCUUCUUCUUCAAAGGUAUGGGAAAGUGAUAACCUUGAUAUUCUUCGAGUUGAAUUAAAUAAAAACACGAGGAACAAAAGAUUUUUGUUUGUGCUGGACGAUUUGUGGAAUGACAAUUACAAUGAUUGGGAUGAGUUAGUGAGUCCCCUCACUGAUGGAAAACCUGGAAGUUCUGUUAUUAUAACAACGCGCCAACAAAAAGUUGCAGAGAUGGCAAAAACAUUUCCUAUUUAUAAAUUAGACCCUCUCUCCCAUGAAGAUUGUUGGUGUAUACUCUCAAAACAUGCAUUGGGAAGUGAUGAAUAUCUCUCCGGACAAAACAUAGCAUUUGAAGAGAUUGGCAGGAAGAUUGCAAGAAAGUGUGACGGAUUACCAAUAGCUGCGAAAACACUAGGAGGACUUCUACGUUCAAGAGUAGACACAACUGAAUGGACUGCAAUUUUGAAUAGCCAAGUAUGGAACUUACCGAAUGAUAACAUUAUGCCGGCUUUGCAUCUAAGUUACCAAUAUCUUCCGUCUCAUUUGAAAAGAUGUUUUGCAUAUUGUUCGAUUUUUCCAAAGGAUUAUCCACUUGAUAGGAAGAAAUUGGUUUUGUUGUGGAUGGCAGAAGGCUUCCUCGAUUGUUCUCAAACGGGGAAAUUGGCUGAGGAAGUAGGUGAUGACUGCUUCACUGAAUUGUUGUCUAGAUCCUUAAUUCAACAAUCAAAUGAUGGUGCUCGCGGAAAUUUAUUUUUCAUGCAUGACCUUAUCAACGACUUAGCUACAUUUGUAUCUGGAAAAUUUUGUGGUCGGUCUGAUUGUGGUGACAUCUCUGAAAAGGUUCGUCAUUUGUCAUAUAUUCAAGAACGGUAUGAUAUUUUCAUGAAGUUUAUGCCUUUCUACAAUUUUAAAUACUUGCGAAGCUUUCUUCCCAUUUCUCAUAGAAGGGUUGAAGCUUGCGUAUCCAUCAAUGUGGUUGAUGAUUUCUUACCAACACUCAAAAGGUUACGUGUGUUAUCGCUAUCAAAGUAUAUAAACAUCAUAAACCUACCCGAUUCAAUUGGCAAUUUGGUGCAAUUGCGGUAUCUAGAUUUGUCCUUCACUAAAAUCAAAAGCUUGCCUGAUACAAUAUGUAAACUUUACAAUUUGCAAACUUUGAUUUUAUUAGAUUGUGCAUGUCUCAUUGAAUUGCCACUCCACAUGGAAAACUUAAUCAAUUUACGCCACCUUGAUCUAAGUGGGACUGACAUAAAAGAGUUGCCUAUGGAAAUUGGCGGACUAGAAAACCUCCAAACUUUGACCCUUUUUUUAGUAGGUGAGCGACAUGUAGGAUUAAGUAUCAAAGAGUUAAGGAAAUUCCCAAACCUACAGGGAAAACUUACCAUCAAGGAGCUGCAUAAUGUUGCUGAUGCCAAAGAGGCACAAGAUGCUAACCUGAAAAACAAAGAGAAAAUUGAGGAGUUACAACUAAUGUGGGGAAUACAAAGCGAAGACUCGUUAAAAGUGAAAGAUGUGCUUGAGAUGUUGCAACCACCAAUAAACUUAAAGAGCCUACUCAUUGAUUUGUAUGGAGGGACAAGUUUCCCGAGCUGGUUUGGAAAUUCUUCAUUUUCUAACAUGGUGUCCCUUAGCAUCCAUAAUUGUAAAUAUUGCAUGACACUUCCUCCGCUAGGGAAACUACCUUAUCUCAAGGAGCUAAGUAUAUCGAAUUUGUUGUUAUUGGAGAGAAUUGGGCCAGAGUUCUAUUGUGCUCAGGAAGGAGAAUGUUCCAAUUCUACCUUCCUACCAUUUCCAUCUCUUGAGCAUAUGAAAUUUCACAACAUGCCAAAUUGGAGGGAUUGGCUUCCCUUUGAAGGCAUAGAUUUUGCUUUUCCUCGACUUAGAACAUUGAAGUUAAGUUACUGUCCUGAACUAAAGGGACAUUUGCCAUGCAAGCUUUCUUGCAUGGAAGAACUUAAUAUAAGGGAUUGUUAUAAUCUACUGGAAACACCACAUACUUUGAAUUGGAUAUCGUCAAUCAAAAAAGUAAACAUUACAGAAGAUUUAGAUUCUGAAGUUUAUGCUCAAAGCACUCAAUGGUUAAUGCUCGAGACUGACUCUUCGUUGCAACAUGCAGCUUUUGAAAGUUACUCGAUGUGUAUUCCUAAAAUGAUUAUGAGUAGAAGCAUUUGUCUUACUCACUUGGAACUCUAUGAUAUUCCGUCUCUCACUGCAUUUCCCACAAAUGGUCUACCCACUUCACUGCAGUCACUUCGUAUUCGAAGGUGUAGGAAGUCAUCCUUCAUGUCUUCCGAAAUGUGGAGAAAUUACACCUCCCUGGUGAGUCUUGAUUUAUUCGAUAGCUGUGAUGCACUUACAUCAUUUGCACUGGAUGGUUUCCCUGCGCUCCAAUCACUUUGCAUUGAUGGUUGUAGGAGUUUGAAUUGCAUUUUUAUUUCAGAGAGUUCUUCACCUUGGCAGUCAAGCCUCCGAUCACUUACAAUCAUCUGCAGUGACUCAGUUGAAUCACUUCAAGUCAAUCUUCGGAUGGAAACGCUCACCGAUCUUGAAUAUUUGAUGCUGCUUUGUGGAGAGUUGUCAUUUUGUGAAGGAGUUUGUCUACCUCCCAAAUUACAAUCAGUUGUUAUUUAUUUCGCAAGAACAAUGCCACAUGUAAAGGAAUGGGGUCUCCAAGAACUAACAGCUCUUUCAAGAUUGAGAAUUGGAGCUAUGCAUGAAAUGGAUGAAAUUAAUAACACCUUGACGAUGGAUUCGUUUCUCCCCACCUCCCUUGUGUCUCUCACUAUUGUCGGUAAGCUGUCCUUUGAAGGAAUUGGACUUCGACACCACUCCUCUCUCGAAAGUCUAACCUUUAACAUCUCCCUUUAUCAGCUCGAGUCAUUGUCAGAAAGUUUCCUCCCCUCCUCGCUGAAAUCACUUCAAAUUUAUUAUUGUGAAAGACUUGAGUCAUUACCAGAAGAUAGCCUACCUACCUCUCUUAAGCGGCUGACCAUCAGACUUUGCCCUCUGCUAGAAGAAAGGUAUAAAAGGAAGGAAAAUUGGUCCAAAAUUGCUCACAUUCCUGUCAUACAAAUAAAUGACCAAGUCACAAUAUGA